AUGCACAAUGCAACCAUUGACGAAGAAGCUGCUAACAAUCGCUGGUACGCUCUAAAGCCCGACGAGAUUACUGUCGUGGUCGGAGAUAUGUGCGACAAUCUCACGACCCCAAUAAGGAAAUAUGUUUCUGUCGACCAAGGCUUCCAGGAUCUGAUAAACGCGGCAAAUUCUGCGAAAAAGUUGCCUGAAAUCAAACACUGCAGCGUGGCGGUACUUGGUGAGCAAGGCAUUGGAAAGAGCUCCCUAAUCAAUGCAUUGCUUGACCGAGGCCUCCUAGAUCGUUCUGGUUCUUCAAAAGCAUGCACAGCUUACGCAACGAUUCUUGAGCACAAGCCAGGAGCUGACGACCAUACCACACGGAGCGAUCUUCUAGUUGAAUUCUUCACGAAAGAAGAGAUGAAAGAGUGCAUUAGGGAGCAGAUUGACCGCUGGGUCGAGGUCUAUCCCGGCGCCAUACAGGAUGAUCAAGGUCUUGAUAGCGAAGAUGAAGACGACUCGGACUACGAUAAUGCUAUUCAGCUAUCCGGUAACAUAACUUCCAGGACAAGAUCGCGUGGAGCAGUAACGGCCAAAGAGUUUUUUCAGAUCAUCUUUGAUGUCCGGGGAAACGAGGAAGCCAAUGCAAAGCUCGAGAGAACUCUUCACCAAACGAACAUCAAGGAAGGAGACUUCCUAGACGUGUGCUGCCGACGAGCCGAUGAUAGACUUUUGCAAUUGGCCGCCGAGACGAGCGAAGUGAGCUACGGUGACAUGAGUCAGCUAAGAGAAGCAGUCAUCAACAACUUCCGCUGGAAGGCUGACCACGAAAUGGUGGUUGCCCCAUGUUCACGGCUCCAGACUAGUGUAUUGCAAAAUGCGUACAUCGAUCGAUCCAUCCAUCUCAAAGGAGCCAACAAGACUAUACUCGUUAUGAACAAGGCCGAUGAACUUCUCAACGAGGACAGCAUGCCCACACAAAUUCGAGAGAUCGACGAACACCCAUUCCCAGGUCUGAGCGCACGCCUAGAGGCCAUCGAAACGCUAGAAGAAGACGAAGACCCGGGCGAUGUUAUCAUAUCCGAGAAGAUGGAAGAACUACUGCGAGAAGCCACAAUUGCUUUCAUAAAGCAUGAGACAGCAAACGUGCAAAAGCAGAUGCAGCCCAAAGGAAUCAAAGUCUUCUCGGUAUCCGCUAUGGCCCACACCGCAUCAAAAAACUGGGUUCAGAAAGGCAAUCUCAUGCUUGACGAUGAUUCGAUAGGUAUCUACACGUUAAGGCACUACCUCGCCACAUUAUCGGCAGCAACUAACUACGAGGAUUUCUACGAUCAUGUCCACGAAACACUACCAAUGCUUCGAAGACAAGCCUCAAGACCUCUGGACAAUCAUCUGGAAGAUAAGAGCUAUGCUGCUAUGCGAUGUGAGCUUAAGGUUGAGAUACAGUCACUUCAGAGCGAACUGCAGAGUCGUAUUGGCAGUCCGUUGCAGUCUCUAGUGGUGAAGCCCUGGUCCCAAAAAGAGGAACAAAACAUUAUCUAUGAUAUACAGCAACUAGUUCAAGUUUCAUGGGCUCAUCCCCGGAUUUACUACUCGGGCUUUGCAAAGAUGCUCGCCGAGAACGGCAUUCCGGUCAACGGAAAAUACUUCGGCUAUAACAUGAACUACGACCUCCCUACUGUCAUGGAAAUGUACUUCGACAAUUGGUACAACAGCAUGGAUGGAACGAUUGCGGACUUCGCACUAAGCCUGCAUAGAGUUGUUGAGGACCUCUUGGAGAAAACCGAAUCGGCCAUCGAUAGGUCCUCUGCGCCAAAAGCCUUGAAAGCAAGAGCGAAGCUUGAGUUGGGUCUCGUCAGAUCGCACAUCAACAGAGCAAAAGAUACACUUCUCGCCAGUCUCCACGUCUCUCUAGAAGAAACUCAUCUGAAGUUCACGACGGAAAUCGACAUUGCCUGCCCCAUAGCAACGGAAAUGAAGGCCUGCUACGCGAGACUCUGCGUCCGCUACUCAGCAAAAUCUCAAAAAACAUACAGGACCGACAAAAAGAGGUGGAAGAUCCAUUGUGAGGCAUUCGUUACUGGCGCCAUUGAGCAACUUGAGGGAUUCUCAAAUACUGCUGAACAACUUCUCAUGAACCCCUCGUAUGUGACCGCAAGGCACAAGCGGGCUUGUGGCGAGUUGAGGAAGCUACUGAGUGACUUCGAUGUCAGCCUUGGAAAUCUUCAGAGUCGAUUCGUCGGCGUAGAAGAGGAACACAUUGAGAAGAAAGCCAAGCGCCAUGAGACAGAAGAUGAAGUAACAGCUACACCAUUUGUCUCUGGCCCGCUGGUUGCUUCGAUGCCUGUCAAGUUGAAGAUUCGACUCAGUUCCGCCAGGUAUUUGGGGACUGUCCCAGACAAUGAUAGUUGA